AGCCGCAGCGCUUCUCAACAAAAUAAUAAACAAAUACUAUGCAAACAACCAAAAGUCACAUAUAGUAUACAAAGCUCUUGUGAGCAAGCAAGCAAAGCAUGAAAUAUCAGCUGUCUCACUGAAAUUGUGCGGUCGUCUUUCUUCUUGUUGUUGUUUUUUGCUAGCCAGACCGCUCUCUCAUUGCGCGAUAAAAAAAGUGCCAUAAAUGUGGGCAUUUCGUUAGAUAAAAGGCGCUAAAGUGUCAAGUUUUUUUAUUCGACCGCUAGACAUGGAGAGAUCUGAUGGUAGCAUUCUGGUGCAGACAGAGAGCGGCCCUGUGGUGGGGCGACGAUGCACGGGCGUCUAUGGCGACGAGUACGUGAGUUUCGAGGGCAUUCCGUAUGCCCGUCCGCCGGUAGGGCGUUUACGUUUUAUGGCUCCGCUGGCGGUGACACCCUGGACGGAGCCCUUGGACUGCAGGUCGCAGGGCCCAAAGCCGCUGCAGUUCAAUCAUUACAGCAAAAAGCUGGAAGGCGUCGAGGACUCUCUUCAUUUGAAUGUGUAUGCCAAGGAGCUGAAGUCAGCAAAACCACUGCCGCUGAUUGUGUUCUUCUUUGGCGGCGGCUUUGAAAAGGGCGAUCCAACCACUGACCUGCACGGCCCCGACUAUUUCAUGAUGCAGGAUGUGGUUGUGGUCACAAUCUCCUAUCGAGUCGGACCCUUGGGCUUUCUCCUUCUCAACGAUCCAGCCGUGGGCGUGCCGGGCAAUGCUGGGCUCAAGGAUCAGGUGCUGGGUCUCCAAUGGAUAACCGCGAACGCUGCCAGCUUCAAUGCGGAUCCGAAUAACGUGACGGCGUUUGGAGAAAGCGCCGGAGCAGCCUCGGUCCAUUAUUUGAUGCUGAAUCCCAAGGCGGAGGGACUGUUUCACAAGGCCAUUCUGCAGUCGGGCAAUGUGCUGUGUACCUGGGCCCAAUGCCCGAUAACCGACAUGCCGCAGCGUCUGGCUGGAAAUCUGGGAAUGGAGAAUGCGAAUACCGCCACCGAUGCCAUGAUCCUGGAUUAUCUGCAAGCCCUGCCUGGGGAGCAGCUCGUGAAGCCGUAUCUCCUAAGUCAGGCCGAGCAUAUGGACGAUUGUUUGUUCCAGUUCGGGCCAAUGGUGGAACCCUACAAAACGGAACACUGUGUGCUGCCUAAGCCGCCGUCUGAGCUGCUGUCCACUGCCUGGGGCAACAAGAUUCCACUGCUGAUGAGUGGCACCUCCUUUGAGGGCCUCCUGAUGUAUGCUCGCGUGUUUGUGGCACCCUAUCUGCUGACCAGUCUGAAGGAUCAGCCCGAGCAUAUGCUGCCGCGGGAGGAGAAGCGCGCCCGGCCCCGGACUAUGGCACGAAGCUUGGGCCAGCGUCUGCGGGCGUUGCAUUUCGGGGAGAGCGCUCUAGCCAUGUCGCCGGAGGGAGUGUUGGCCUACUGCGAGUACGCCUCCUACAAGGUCUUUUGGCUGCCCAUUCUGAGGGUAAUCCGUUCACGCCUGCGUCAAACCUGCUCCUGUGCUCCCACCUACCUCUACCGCUUUGAUUUCGAUUCGCCUACUUUCAAUCAUCAGCGCAUCAAGUAUGUGGGCGACAAGCUCCGUGGUGUGGCCCAUGUGGACGAUCAUUCGUAUCUAUGGUUUGGCAGCUUCGCCUGGAAACUGGACAAGCAUACACCCGAAUAUCUAACCAUCGAACGAAUGAUUGAUAUUGUCACAAGCUUUGCUAGAAGCUCGAAUCCUAAUUGCCCGAAAGUUGCUGAGCAGCUGCCACGCACCAAGGAAUGGCUGCCCUUGGACAGCCGUCAGUCGACGGUGGAGUGCCUCAAUAUUUCGGACAGCAUCAAAAUGAUUGAGUUGCCAGAGCUGCAGAAGCUGAGCGUGUGGGAGAGUAUCUGCAAAAUCAAAGACUAAAUGAGUUUUUCCUAUGUUUUGUAGAAAUUCCAAGUGCAUUAAAAGUCUGUCCAAAUAGUGGACCCCGCUCCACACCAUA